GUCAGAUAUUGGAUGAGGUUUCCAUGCAGUGUGUUGAACCCGCCCAAUGCCACAUAUGUUACCAUGACGGAGAGAGGAUCUCCCAUGGUAACAAGGUCAUCCUGAACCAUGACGACCCCCAGCAUUGUCAGAUAUGCCACUGUGAGAACAACACUCUGAGCUGUGAGGUUUGUGCUCUUCUGGACACCGUAGCUUCGUACACUACCCCUGCUGGUCUGACCACACCCACCGCCCAGCCUGUCUCCACAGUGAUGCCGGAGGGAUCAUGUGACCGGGCCAUGGACCUGGCCUUCCUAUUAGAUGGCUCGGCAGCGCUCAGCGAGGAGGACUUCCUGUCCGUCAAACAGUUCAUUCUAUCAGUGGUGGACAGGUUCAGGAUGGGCUCCGCCCACACCAGGGCUACGGUACUGCUGUAUCACUCUGGAGUCAAGACCUACGACAUGCAGGUUCAGAAGUGGUUGUUUAAGAAGACAGUGCGUGAGCUGCACUACAGUGGUGGUGAUGCUGCGUUUCUAGACGAGGCGGUGAAGUAUCUGGCAAUCAACAUCUAUGACAAGAACAAGCGAGAACAUGCCGGCCGCGUCGCUAUCAUCCUCACCGCCAGCGCCAAUCCCCGGCCUCUCCGCUCCACCGUCAAGCUGCUUCGGAAGAAAGACAUUACCACCCUGACGCUGGCGCUGGGUCCGGAGGCUAGCUGGACACAGGUUAAUGACAUCACGAAGGCCAAGCCUGACAACAGGGCUUACCAGCUGAACAGCGUGUCUGAGCUGCCGGACAACUUUAUGGAGGUCACUGACUACCUCUGUACCCUGGGGCUGGAGCCGGAGACCCCCAAGUCCCCGCCCGCCAAGCCUGGCAUGGCUAAACUUAGCCUUGGUACCACCACCACCACACAGCCUCCCCUGCUGGAGACCAUCCCCACCCUGACCUCUACCCUGACCUCCACCCUGUCCCAACACCUCCCCAACCCCAUACAGCCUACUGACAUGGCCCCUACAACUACUUCUCCCUCUCCUUCCUCUCUCUCCUCCUCUUCCUCCCUCUCUUCCUCUCCUCCCUCUAAAUACGUGACAUUUAUCCUGGAAGGUUCUGACUCGGUUGGGGAGGUGGGAUUUAACGCCUCUCUCCUCUUUCUGGAGGAAGUGAUAUCACAGCUGGCAGAGGAAGGGGAUGAGUCCGUGCGUGUUACAGUUAUACAAUACUCGGAAACGGUCACCGUGGAGAUAACGCGCUGGGAAAUACGGUGGCAGAGAACCAAGUUGCUAAGGAGACUGCGGGAGAUCCGCUGGAGGGGUGGGGACAAGACCAACACGGGUGCAGCAAUUGGCCAGACCUACCAGGAAGUGAUUACUGAUAGGCCCUCCUCCACCCCUACCUCCCCCCAGCUAGUCUUCCUGGUGACAGAGAACCCCCCCACCGACGUGAUCAUGCGCCCCCCCUCCUCCCACACACACACCCGGGUGUAUCCCAUCGGGGUAGGGCCGAAGGUUAGAGAGGUGGACCUGAUGCCUCUCAGCUCCCCACAGCGCCCCCUCAUGGUGGAGGACUAUACCAGCCUUACCUCUCUGGUUACCACUGUGGUUAAUAUCACCAGAAACUCCCUCUCUCCUCGCUCCCCCACCCUGCCUCCCCUAAGACUCACCCCCACACUGGCCCCCAGAGCCACCCUGCCUCCCUCAGUGCCAUGCAGGAAGCCGAUGGAUGUCCUGUUCCUGCUGAGAGGCGGGAAUAGGGCGGGGCCAGAGACUGACGGGCAGCCAGAGGGCGGGACAGAAUUUGAGGACAUGAAGACGUUUGUCAAAGCCUUCGUCAACAGCGCUGAUAUUGGUCGGAACGAGACGCAGGUGGGUGUGGUUACAUACGGAGAGACCAGUAGUGUGGGCGUGGCCUGGAGAGAGGAGCAGGACAGGACACACCUGCUGACCCUGGUGGACCAGCUGACCAGUCCGACACACACACACACCGCACUGGGUGCUGCGUUGCGAUUUGCUGUCCAAACAUCCAUCUCUCCGUCUAGUGGGGGCAGAGUGGGUGUGGCCAAGGUGGUGGUUAUGCUGGUGAUUGACAGGUCGACUGACCAACUACAGGAGGCAACUAAUGAGGCGCUGACCGCAGGCGUGUCAGUUUUCCCCAUCGGCAUCGGGCCCGGUUACGACAGAGGUGAACUGAGCCUGCUUGGUUCCCAUGGCGACCAGGACAACACACUCCACCUUAACAGCAUGGAGGAGCUAAUGAUGCUGUUAACACUGGACAAGAGCUACACAGAAAAACUCUGUAGAGCUGGUCCUCCUGGAGUGUGUGUCGAUGAUGAUGGGAACGAGAGGAAGCCUGGUGAGUCGUGGCUGCUUCCUGACAGAUGUCAUUCGGUGCUGUGCCACCCAAGUGGAGCCGUGACUGUUCAGAGCCACAAGGUGAACUGUGAUCGACUGGAGCCCCCAGCCUGCAGUAACCACAUGAGUCCUCUCAGAGUUCAGGACAACUGUGGCUGCCACUGGGACUGCCCCUGUGUCUGUAUGGGUAGCUCCACCAACCACGUGGUGAGGUUUGAUGGCGUGGCUCUAAGGCUGGAAGGGGAGGGGCUAUGUUCCUACACCCUGCUGACGGUUGCCGGGGACACGGGAGGUUCAGAGGUCACGCUGCACAGCGGAACCUGCCUGGGGUCAUCCAAUCAGAACGAAGUCUGCAUGAAGGCCAUGGAAUUUACACAUGGGCAGAGUACUGUACUGCUGAAAGAUGACAUGACGGUGACAGUAGAUGGAGCCCCCGUCUCCCUCCCAUUCCGCUCCAGUCUGGUGGAGGUGAUGCAUUAUGGAGGAGUGAUGUUUCAGCUGAGAUCCGUGGAACACGGCUACAUCCUGGCAUUUACCCCUCAGAAAAACGAGUUCACCAUCACACUCACCUCCUUCACUACCAACCACACCUCUGGAGUCUGUGGGUGGUGUGGCGAGGAGAGGGUUAAUUAUCUCUCUCUGAGGAAUGGCAGUUCGACUUCUGACUCAGCUCUUCUCGUCUCCGAUUGGAUGGUAUCGAGCGGCGACGGUGUGUGUGUCCCGCGGCAUGCCCCAGUGUGUGUGUACGGAGCGGCGAGGGCGUGUGAGGUGCUGCGCUCCGAGGUGUUCUCCUCUUGUCACACACAUGUUCCCAUCAUGCCUUUCAUUAUGCGCUGCCAACAGGAAGCCUGUCAGGAGACAGACGUCUGUGAUGUCAUUUCCUCCUACACACAUCUCUGCCGACAGAGAGGACUCUGUGUCCACUGGAGAAGCACAAACCUCUGCCCCAUGCAGUGCCCCAGCUCCAUGGAGUAUGAUGCAUGUCGGACCGGGUGUGUGGAGGACUGCAGCAGCAUUGGCCUGUCGCCUGGCAACUCGGGGGUUCUUAGUGGUAACGGGAGUGUGUGUAUCACCAAGCCAACAGAAGGGUGUUUUUGUCCAGGGAACACGGUGCCUUUGGGGGGAGAGUGUGUGUCACCUGACGCCUGCAACCAGUGUGUCGACCAGCACGGACACACACACCCGUAUCUACAGAGCUGGGUGCCAGAGGAGAACACGUGUCUGAUUUGUAUGUGUCUGGAUCGCCAACGUAUCAACUGCACUGCUCGCCCCUGCAUUGAUCAUAAAGCUCCAGCGUGUGGACCAUGUGAGGUUCUGAGGGAGAAGAGGGAGUCCAAGUGUUGUCCGGAAUACGAGUGUGUGUGUGACCUGGUAAGUUGCCAGCUGCCGGAGGUUCCUCGUUGUGAAGACGGUCUGACUGUGGUGCUGACUAACCCUGGAGAGUGUCAACCCAUUCAUCACUGUGCCUGUAAGAAAGAGGAGUGUUCUCUCCAGGUUCCACCUGCUUGUCCCACCCACCGCCGGCUGUCUGUUAAACAGACGCAGUGCUGUGAUUCGUACCAGUGUUUGUGUGACUGUCAUAACACCACCCACUCCUGUCCUCCUGGAUUCAUCACUUCCUCCUCCACCAAUGACUGUGGCUGCACCGAGACCGCCUGCAUGCCUGACCAGGUGUGUGUGGUAGGAGGCGUGGUCUACCGUGUGGGGAGCCAAUGGGAGGAGGGCUGUGAGAAAUGCAGCUGCACCCAUCAACAGGACACACACACUAACCUGCACAUCGCUCAGUGUGUCCCACCUGUCUGUGACCACUCCUGUCCUCUGGGCUCAGUGUACCAGCGGUCGGACAGUGAGUGUUGUGGGAGCUGCAGGAAGACCAGCUGUGUGGAGACAGAUGGAGAGACACCUGGAGACUCACAGACAGACGGACGACUCAGAGAGUUGGGGGAGGUGUGGCGGUCUGCGGAGGAUGUGUGUGUGGAGCGUCAGUGUGUGAUGGUGGGAGAGAGAGAGGUUUUCAUCACUCACUCCAACGUCAGCUGUCCGUCACUAGACCCCCCCUCCUGUCCCCUGGGAAGCGAGCUACGCUGUGACACCACCGACUGCUGCCCACGCUGCCACUGUGCUCCUCAAGACGUCUGUGUCCUCAACCACACUGUGAUAGGAGCGGAGGAGAGUCUGAUGGUGGAUCUCUGCACUCACUGCGCGUGUUCAGUGGAGGAAGGAGCCGUUAGAAGAUACAAGCUGUCCUGUCGACGCAUCAGCUGUCCUACCUGCCCUGAGGGCUAUACUCUAGAAGAGGUGCCAGAUUCGUGUUGUGAUCGCUGUGUUGCCACUGCCUGCACCAUCCAACGACCUGAUGGACACUUCAUCACUGUCAAGGUCAACAGCAGUCUAAAUGAAGGCUGUAGUCAGUACUCCUGUGGUGUCAACAGUAAAGGAGAUCUGGUUCUCCAGACCAGAGUGACCACCUGCCCUUCUCUCGACCGCCAACUCUGUCUGGACCAGGGGGGGAAGAUCAGCCAGAUAGGAACCAGCUGCUGUGAGAUGUGUACAGAGCCAGAGUGUAGGAAGACAGUGGGAACACUCAACUACAUCAAAGUGGACGACUGUCAGUCACAACAACAGAUAGAACUACACUACUGUGAGGGGAAGUGUCGUAGUAAGAGUGUAUAUUCCCUGGACACUAACGCUGUGGAGAGGGAGUGUGUGUGUUGUGCUUCUGUGGCGACAGAGGCUCUGAGCGUUCCGCUGCUGUGUUUUAAUGGAACACUGACACAUCACAACGUUCUGUCUGUCACCGCCUGCGACUGUCUGGCCCAGCACUGCACCUAGAGAGAGAACUGAAUCAAAUUGAGAGAGACUGUGUGUGUGUGUGUGUGUGUGUACCCUGAUAAACAUGUACUCAAAUAAAUAAUUUGGAUA